AUGGCGCCAGGACCAAUCGGGGAGGUGGUCGCCGAGUGGCACGCCAAAUUCCGUGCUAUCCCGGAGAAUGUCCACCUUCUCUGUCCUAAGCAAAGCAACGACGAUGUUGAGGAUUACACCCAUGUCCUCGAAACCGGCGAUGAAGAGAAAAAGAAGCGCAUUUCAGAAGCCAAGGAAAGGGUGAAUAUCGCCUUUUGGACUAGCCUUGCAUUCGCCAUGAAAGAUAAGCCAGAUUUGGUGACGGAGGUUUCCAAUCGUAUUGCCGAGUCCCUGAGAGCCUGUGAUAGGUGUGUCAUGAACUGGCACAUGUAUCGUAAGGCCUGGCUGAAUUCAUUCGCAGAGGAAUAUAACGAAGCUGCCGUCAAAGAAGCUGAGCGCUUGUUCCGGAUGUUUGAUUAUUCCCGCCUUGACAAGAGCUUGAAGUGGGCUACCGAGAUUAUCGAGCAUGUUGAGAGGGAGAACCAGUCAUUUCGUGUAUCCAGCCUUGGACGCGACGGUCCGGCCUUCUUAUUGACCGUCUAUGAAGCUCUAUGCGACUUGUCAUACCUUGCCCUUCCUGACAAACGCCGUAGUUUCUUGAGGGUCUUCUACAAGAUUAAUAGCAAGAAGCCCCUUCGACUCGGUGCAGGUUCGGUUCUUCCGACCAUGACGGAGUUUCUCUUUAGAGAAGACCCCCUUGCGAUUAAGUUUGCCCAAACAUCUUGGCGGUCAAUGGAUGCAGGAUCUAUGACGCCAGAGCAGUUCGACUGGGCCGUGAACGAGCCUUUGGCCGAUGCCAUCGUUCGUGUUUCGGGUCUGGAUGCCUUGGAUCCAAACUCCUAUCCGCGGAUUCAACAGUUUUGGGAAGGAUUUUCUCUCAUUCUACCAACCUUAAGCGAGGGUCUCGUUACCCACAAGCUUCGCGCCAUGGAGGUGAAGCCAACUCCGUACGAUCUUCUUUUCCAGCAUAUGAUCUGCAACUCUGAAGGAAUCUUGGUGAAUAUCAUCAAGUCGUUCUCGGCACUGCUUGAGAAAGCUCCAUCCGCAUUUUGGGACGCCAUUAGCGACCCUAAGCCGUUCGCCGUUGCUGAACAAAUUUUCGCUUCACCAGUUUUCCGGUCCCUGCUCUCUCAGAGUAUGGAAAUCGGCAUGGAGGAAGCAGACGGCAAAAAGCCCCCGUUCACCGUUUCAUGGAUGUAUUCUUGGAUCAAGUCGGUCAAAAAGAAUGAGAGGAGCGAUGCAUGUCAGUCACUUCUACACAUGCUGUUUAAUAGGUUUAUCAGGGAUCUUUCAAUCUCUCCUGAAGGACACGCUGCCUGCGCUCGCGCCGGGUUCGAUGUCUUGAAUGAUGUCCUAGAAUCAUUCUUAACCGUCGCCAACGCACGGGGCCAGUUUCCGAACACCCUGUUGAAAGCCUUCGUGUCUCCCAACAAUCUGCUCCACUUGAACGCCGCUAUUAACAUGGCCCACGAGUUCAAGGGCCACAUCGUCGAGUGGGCAGAGAAACGCUCCCAGCCUUUUGAUGCAAACAGAGCUGCUAUGAAGGUUAUUAGGACAGCCCUCGAGCUAGAUUCUAGGGCCACGGCUGAAGAAUGCAAGAGCAUCCACCUCGGCAAACCGUACCAAACGGUCGUCACGCGGCAAUCGGCUUCUUUGUGGGACGGCUUCCUCGACUUGUUAUACCCAGGAAAUCUGGAACAAGCGCGUCAUGUCCUUCAGGGCAUGUUUCCGCUCCUGCCCGUUGAGAGCUUCCGUCCCAUGAGAAAAGCGACCGAGCCCAUGGAUAAAUCCAAGCUUCAGUUCAACCAAACGUUUGAUAGGCUCUCAGCAGUGGUUGGCACCGUCCUUCAGCGACUGUGCGGGUUCGAUCAGACCGAACUCGACGACUUGUCCCGUGAUGGUAUGAGGGUCAUUCUGGCGUUCAGUUUCCACGGAGCAGAUGUUAUCCGCGAAUCGGCGAUUGAGCUCCUUAAAACGAUGACGGGGAAACAAUCUAGGUCCGACGCAAUUGCCCGGUUGGUCCACGAGCAGCCCGGUGGGAGCAUCCGUAUCUUUAAUUUUGCAAUCAACAAAACGGCCACACCACCAUUGGACGAGGAUCGGGAGGUUGUUGAUGCGGGCGGUGGAACCAUGCCGCCAUACGGUCCCGUUCCCCACAUUCUGAGCGUUGCCCAAGAUAUUCUCUCUGCUCUUUGCGAUCCCGCUACUGGCCUUCUUCGUACGGCUUCAUUGACACAUCCGGACCUUGAUACCGUCUUCAGCUGGUGGACAAGCCAGUGGUACUGGAUUGAAACCGUUUUCAAGUAUACUGAGAAGUGGUCCUAUUACAUUGAGAUUUCUGUCAUGACCAAUUUAUGCCGCCAAAUGAUCGAGCUGGCAGAGAGUCUUGUUGCGGAAGACGCACUUCUCGCGUCCGCUCUGAAGGAGGAUUUCCUGAAGAGUAAUAGCAAUACUCCGCAAGACGAGGCUAAGGUGCAGGCGGUUAUGAUGCGCAAGGUCCUCAACGCAUGUUCCAAGUAUCUUUACGGCCUCACGAAGAUGCUUCGUCUCCGGGACACUUACCUGGUCUCUAUCACAACGAAGAUCGUACGGAAGCUUCUCGAGCGUCUCAAGGAGUUCGACCUUGAGAUCGGUGCCAACAGUCGUUCAUACAUCUAUCGCGCCUGUAAGGUGAAUUCCGAGGGUAAAUAUGAGAUUGGGACCAACCUUUCUCGACAGCAAAAGGCGGAAUUGCUUAUGGCACUGGAUGGUGAUGACGCCGAAGUGGAGAUUAUCUCCGAGCGGAAGGUACCAGAGCCGCAAAAGGCCAAGAAGCAGAGCAAGCUUGAUCUGUGGACCAAGGCUGGUGCGGGAGAACGCACGAACAGGGACGACGUGCUUGCGCUGAGUAGCACGAUUGACAAGCACCGUUCGGCCCUCGAUCUCAUCGCCCAGCGCCAAGCAGUCAAGCCUAAGACUGCUGUGACGAAGCCGAUGAAACCCGUGGCGCAGCCCAGCGUGAGCGAUGCGGCUAGGAUCAAAGCUCUAAAGGAGUCUCGCCAGAAAGCUAAAGAGGACAAGAAGAAGCGCGAUCUUGAGUACAUCGAGAAGAUGAAACGCAUGCGGGAAGAAGCCGCCCCGGCUAUCCGCAGCGAAAUCAUGGUGGACUCUUCCGAAGAAGAGGAGGAAGACGAGUCCGGGGAUGAAGACUUGGACGCCUUUAUCAGUAAGCAGCGAGCGGAUCAACAAGCGCAGAACGAUGCGGAACGCCGUAGAGCGCGGGCUCUUCUUCAAACUCACCGCCAGCCGGUCAAGAAGCGCAAGCAGAACCUCACUGAGAAGGACAUCCGAGCAAGAAUCGACCCCAACAUGGGUCCGUUGCACCACGCCAUCCUUCGAUGGGACAUUUUCCACCAAGGCGUUGAUCCUCCCGAUGGCCUUCCCGUAAGCCAGGUGUCUAACACCUACAAGGACGAAGUUGCGUACAAGAAUACGUUUUCCCCCCUACUUCUCCACGAAGCUUGGCGGUCUUUCGUGACGGCGAUGGCCGAAAGCACGGCCAAGCCUUUCGGAAUGAAGAUUGCGUCUCGGAUGAACUUUGACGGUUUCAUUCAAGUGACAUCGAGCAUGCCCUUGUCGGAAAAGACGAGGGAGCGUGUAGUAGGCGAGGGCGACCUUGUUGUCAUCUCCAAGUCGGAAAACCCUCUGCAGGAUCGCGAGGCGCCUCACUGCCUCUCUCGAGUCCACAAGAUCCAGUAUAAACAGGGAAGCCUGGAAAUCGAGUACCGCGUGAGCCCGAACAGUCGCGCGAUCCUUCCGGAGCUGAUGCCGAACAAGGUACUCUACGUGGCGAAGAUCACUAACAUGACCACGAUCGAGCGAGAAUACGCCACUCUGCAAGGUCUUCAGCACUACGACCUCCUCGAAGAGGUGUUGGAAGCCAAACCCUCGCCGAUUCUGCGUUACAGCCAGGAUGCCAUCCAAAAGUUCAUUGACAAUUAUAAUCUCAAUCCGGCCCAAGCCACUGCGGUUAUCGGAGCCAAGGACAACGAUGGCUUCACACUAAUCCAAGGUCCUCCCGGAACCGGAAAGACCAAAACCAUCGUCGCCAUGGUUGGUUGUCUCCUGACUGGUACCCUUAACACGCCGGCGGCCGUCGCAUCUAAGCCGGCAAAUGGCUCUAUUAAGAAGCUUCUCGUCUGCGCCCCCAGUAACGCCGCUGUGGAUGAAUUGGUCCUUCGAAUGAAGAACGGUGUCAAGACCAUGGGCGGAUCCGAGCGUCAGAUCAAUGUUGUCCGUCUAGGCCGUAGCGAUGCAAUCAAUGCCGCGGUGAAGGACGUAACUCUCGAGGAACUUGUCAAUCGCCGUCUGGAAGCCGAGAAUGUUAUGGACAAUAUCAAGGCUGAUCGCGAGAAGAUCCACACCGAGGCCGCAGAGAUCAAGAAGAAUGUUGAUGAGCUCCGGAUUAAAGUUGUUAUGGCUCGGGAUGCUGGCGAUCGUGAUGAAUCGGCCAAAUAUCAACGAGAGCUUGAUUCCUGGAGGCGCCGCCAGACGCAGGUCGGCGCAAAGAUUGAUGAGUUGAAGAAUUCGGGUAGGACCGUUUCACGAGAAAUCGACAUCAAACGCAUGCAGUUCCAGCGCGAGAUCCUCGGCUCUGCUCACGUACUUUGCGCGACGCUGAGCGGCAGCGGCCACGAAAUUUUCAAGAGUCUCACGGAUGUGGAUUUCGAGACGGUCAUCAUUGAUGAGGCGGCUCAGUGUGUGGAGCUGAGCGCCCUUAUACCCCUCAAGUACGGCUGCGUGAAGUGCAUCCUCGUCGGUGACCCCAAGCAGCUUCCGCCCACCGUCUUGUCGCAAUCCGCCGCUAGGUACGGCUACGACCAGUCCCUGUUCGUUCGUAUGCAGCGAUGCCACCCGACCAACGUGCACCUCUUGGACAUGCAGUACCGUAUGCAUCCUCUCAUCAGCCAGUUCCCUAGCCGGGAAUUCUACGAAGGCCGUCUGAUUGACGGCGCCGAUAUGGCUGCGUUGCGUCAACAGCCUUGGCACGCUAGCACGGUCUUUAGUCCCUACCGCUUCUUCGAUGUCAAGGGUGUGCAGCAGAAGGGCUACAAGGGCCAGUCGCUAGUCAACGUGCAGGAGUUGAACGUGGCCAUGCAACUCUACGAGCGCCUUCGUACCGACUACAGAGAGUGCGACUUUAAACGCAAGAUUGGCAUCAUCACGCCCUACAAAGCCCAGCUUUAUGAGCUCCGGAACCGAUUCUCGGCCCGCUAUGGCAAUGAUAUCACCGAGACCAUCGAAUUCAACACCACUGACGCCUUCCAGGGCCGUGAGUGUGAGAUCAUCAUUUUCUCUUGCGUCCGUGCUAGUCCCACGGGAGGUAUCGGUUUCAUGACUGAUAUCCGCCGUAUGAACGUCGGUCUCACCCGUGCCAAGUCGUCGCUCUGGAUCCUCGGCGACUCGAGGGCUCUCGUUCAGGGUGAGUUUUGGGCGAAGCUCAUAGAUGAUGCCAAGAACCGGCAGCUGUACACCGAGGGUGAUGUUCUGGGCUUGUUCAAGCGUCCUACCGAGAAACGUGCUCUUCCGGCAAUCCAACCUAGCGCGCCAGCCCAACCUCGCGCUCCGCCGGUCAAUCACCAGACUCCCGAUGCUGUCAUGACAGAUGCGCCGCGUAGUGGCAUCUCUUCUUCGGCGGCGCAGUCGCCGACCUCUCCUCACCGCGUGACGGGACUAGAGAAUCAGCCGAUUUCGAAACACGUUUUGAACCGGCGUAUCCAUAGUAUCGAUGGCCGGGGACAGGCCACUCCCGAGGUACCAUCGAUAGUUGACCGGCCUGUUAUUCACUCUUCUAUCUACUCUCCCCAAAGUGCCCAGGGAAAGAAGCGACCCCAUAACGGCCAAGAUGACGCCAGCGGCCCCCCGACCAAGAAGGCGACCGGUCCGAAUCCCGGUAACAAUAACUCAGCCCAAUCUCGGAAAGCGGGCCCCAAGAUCCUGCAGGGUAAACUUCCGCAUAUGCGGCCCCCGCCCGCGAAAUCCCCAAGGAUGCCUCCCAAGGCCAUUGACCCCGCUGCCAUGGAUGCUCUCGGACUUCGUCCUCCCCAACGUCCCCCGCCGCCCCAACAAUCUCAGCAACCUCCCCGACCCCAGCAACACCAGCAACACCAGGGCCCUCCUCUUGCAAGGCCUGAUGGUGGCGAGCUUCCCCGUCCUCCGCCCUCAAGGCCCCAAAACAUGCCACCUCGUCCUCCCAAAAAGGGACCCAAUGUCUUUAUCAACAAGCGCAACCGAAGAUAG